UCACAGAUAAUAAUCUGAGAAUCAAAGGAUGAGAACGAGGAGAAGAACAGAGGAAGAGAAUCAUCAAGAAUACAAGAAAGGGUUGUGGACAGUUGAAGAAGACAGCAUUCUUAGGGACUAUGUCCUUACUCACGGCAAAGGCCAAUGGAACCGCAUCGUCAGGAAAACUGGGCUGAAGAGGUGUGGAAAGAGCUGUAGACUUAGAUGGAUAAAUUAUCUGAGCCCUAAUGUGAAUAAAGGUAAUUUCACUGAACAAGAAGAAGACCUCAUUAUUCGUCUCCACAAGCUACUUGGCAACAGAUGGUCUUUAAUAGCUAAAAGGGUACCUGGAAGGACAGAUAACCAAGUCAAGAAUCACUGGAGCACUCAUCUCAGCAAAAAAAAUCGUCGGGGAUUAUCCUCUGCUGUCAAAACUACUGGAGAAGAAAACUAUCCACCGUCACUACUCAUCACCGCCGCAACAGCUUCUGGUCAUCAUCAACAAGACAAAAUCUGUGACAAGAGUUUCGAGGGCCUUGUAUCAGCUUCGAACGGGAAUAAACAAAAAGCGGAUUUGACACAUACUAAUGAUUUGAGUCUCUACUUCAAAGAGAGGAACAACUUUGAUAGCAGUAACACUUUCUGGUUUAAUGACGACGAUGAUUUUGAGAUGAAUCAUUCGCUAUGA